AUGGAAGAGAAAAGCGGGAAAGUUCAGUUUUCGAUGUGCCACUUCCGGAACAAGCAGAAUAUGCUUAUCAGAACAUAUUCUGCUACAGUCCCCAAUGCCAAGGGAAACAUUGUAUUGGUUCAUGGCAACUGCUGCCACUUUAGAGCCGAAUUCGCCGCAUACAACAUCAAGUGGUACAUGCAACAAUACGGCAUUGGAACUCCAAAUGUAAAGGAUGUCGUUCGCCAAGAAAAAAAAGCUGUGUACCCUAGAAGUCAUCACUUUCAAUAUAAUGAUCCGGAUGCCAAAUUCCCUGAUGCAACUCUACUAGACGGUAAAAAUAUGUUUGACAUCUCUCCCAGGUUCGUAUACGAAGGUAGCUUCAUUGAAAAACUCAAUAAGCUUGGAUACAAUGUCUACGGGCUUGACCAUCAGUCACACGGUCUGUCCGAGGGACUUAAGGGGAGACGCAACUUCUUCGGCACUAUCGAGGAUCUCGUGGAUGAUGUUAUUCAAUUUAUUGACAUCGUCAAACGCGGCAAGUUCGACAACACGAAGCAGACACCAAGAGACAGCACUCUCGACGCACCUUCCACCGUUGGCAAGGUGAUACUCUGCGGUAUCUCCAUGGGUGGCAACAUCGUAUUAAGGGUUGCACAAAAAACAUCAGCAUACAACAAGGACGGCCACAUGUUCAUCGAUGGGCUGAUUGCAUUUGCACCGAUGACGGACCUCUCGGACUACACCUCUACGCUGUGCAUGAGAAUGCUAUUCGGGUUCAGUAGGGUUGUAGCGCUCAUUAAACCCUCAGCAACACUGGGUGUAAAGAGUGAUGACAUGCCAAGAACGUUCAACAAAUUCUUGAGAGUUCAAGAUCCGCAUUACUACGUCGGUCCACAGUGCUACCGUGUGAUCGUAAACCUAUUCAACGCCACAAAUGUACUGCGCAAAAACCAUGACAAGUUCCCAGCAAAUCUUCAAACACUCAUCAUGCACGCAACAGAUGAUGAUGUUUGUAACAUCAGGGGCACUUACGACAUUGUUAACAACCACCUCAAAAAACACAAAUAUCUGCAAUUCGUCGAAAUGGAAGGAAAUGCCCAUUGUAUGACGUCAUCUAUAUAUGUCGACAGCGUGAUGCCCUAUGUCGAGAAAUGGCUACAGAAGUUAGAGGCAUAA